UUUCAGUCACGGCGAGUAAACAGAGAUGUAGGCAACAUGCUACCGGACCUGAUCAGUUCUGCACUAGAGCAUGGGACGUGCGUGUUGCGUGUUGGGGGUGCUCCUGGUGUGCUUAGCGUGUGCCUAACUGAACCAGCAUGUAGUAGGUGCCUUAGAGCCUGGAGGUGCAGCUGUGGAGGUUGUUCCGAUGGUUAAAUGAUUCAACACUGUCUAGAUGCCUCGAAGGGAAGAUGGCUUCAUGGUGGCCAGGAUGGAGCUGAAAGUGUGGGUUGAGGGAAUCCAGCGAAUUGUGUGUGGCGUCACGGAAACCACAACUUGCCAGGAUGUUGUGUAUGCAUUGGCACACGCCACUGGCAAGACUGGCCGCUUCACCCUCAUUGAGCGCUGGCGGAACAAUGAGCGUCUCCUGGCACCCAAUGAGUACCCUCUAAAGAUACUUAUGAAAUGGGGAGAAUACUCCAAUGAUGUUCAGUUCAUCCUCCAGCGGUCUGCUCUUGAGCCAAAGACCUCCAAUGGCCCAUCUGGCCUCCGUCCCAGUGGUCACCCCAGAGUGGACCCCCCAAGUAGGGCCACUCUGCCCCAGAGUCCGCCGGCCACACAGGACCGGCCCAGACAGUCUCCACAUACUCACAAAGAUCUGAAGAAGUCCCUCACCUUCAGUGGAGGGCAUGCAGAUCUGCGUCGCCUGGAUGCAGGCACCCCAUCACCCUCCCAGGGGGGGCCCCCCCUGUCACCAAGCAUGAUGUCCCCCACCAGCUCCCGGCACACUGACUUCCCAUACUCCUCCCCACCUACCAGCCCCCACUGGGAGGGCCAGAUGCUGCCCACUGAGGGGUGCAAGGGGGACCAGCAGCCUUGCCCUGUUGCAUGGAGACCCCCUGCACCCCCACCCUAUGAGCUGGUGCGAGGCAACCCCCCUCCUCCCCCAUCAGCUUCAAGGAUAGGAGUGGACAAUGUCCGGGCCACUAGUCACUGGAGUGCCCCUUGGCCUGGCUCCCACUCCCCUCCAGCCACCUCCCAGCCAGCUCCAGUAAGCCCCCACUCCCCCAUGCGUUCCCCUCCUGCCACAGAGCCCCCAUACUCCCUGGGCAGGAGGGAGCAGCGCCCUGAUCUGCCAAGGACUGAACCUGUAUAUAGCGAUACCAGGCGGCCUCCCUUCCCUGGCUAUGCACACCCUGGGAGCGGCAGCCUCAACACCACUCCUCCUGGUUCCCUGUAUCAGCCCCGUGGCCCUUCUCCUAGUCAGAUGUCUCCCAUGUAUAAUGGUCCUCCUCCUCCAAAACCACCCCACAUAUCAGGGCCGCGGGAGCUGCCUCCAUACCGCCACCCGCCACCACCUUCCUCUGUGCCCACCAAGGUCUCCCCCUCCCACGGCUCACCCAGGAAGGUCGCAAACGUCCAGACAUCUCCCGCCAAGCAGCCACUGCCGCCGCCGCCAUCAGCCCAAGUGCCACUUCCAAGCAACAAAGUGCCUAAUCCCCACCAAAUUGGCUCGUCAUCACAUUCAUCACCCAUCCGCCACCCGUCACCUACCAGGCAUUCCUCACCCACCCGUCACCCAUCCCCAUCACGCUCAUGUCCUGUCGGCUCGUCCAUUGUCAACUCACCAAGCCCACACAGCAGCACCAAGAACCCUCGGUCUGGCAGCCCCGUCAAGGCCAUGCAGGUGAGGCACGGCCUGGAGGAGUUCCCAGGUGGGAGCUUAUUGGACAAGGGCAUUGCUAAGCCAGGCAGUGAGGAGCAGAGCACUGCACGUCACGGGGAGUACCACCCAAGGAAGGAGGACAGCGCAAAUAGCGACUCUGCAAAAGAGGUGAUUCAAUCUAACAUUGUGAACAACAGCAAGCCCAUGCCAGAUGUCCAGAGCAAAGCGAACCAGCACAACAGAGGCAGCAUUGACCGGCUGGCUGUGGAGAGUGUGAGUGUGUUUGGGAGACGAGGCACCAGCGAAGAACCCUUCACCAACAAGGACUCACCACACCCCAAUUGUAGUGAGCGCCUCAACACGUCCCUGGACUCUCCACACUCCAACCAUUGUAUUAAGUCGCCUCAUACUAGGAGGAGCCCUGCCAAGGAGUCUCCUAAGAGUGGGAGUGAUGGAGGGCGUGUGAGCCACAACAACAAGAUGGAACAGGUGGUGAUGGACAGCAAGUACCGUGAUCUCAUCAAGCUCAUCAACUUGCAGAGGGACAAACUCAACAACCAGCAGGUGGAAAUGACCAAGUACGAGGCUGAGAUAGCGUACCUGGAGGGGCGGUCCAGGGAGGAUGAGUCUCGGCUGGCCCACGUCACCUCAGAAAUUGAGAGGCAUGAGAAGUUAGCUCAGCAGAUUGAUGAAGAGGUAAAUCAUCUGCAGCAGCUGGAGCAGGAAGCUGAAGGAGCACAUCAGGCAGAAGACAAAGUUAAGGCAGAGAUCAGCGCCCUGCAGGCACAGUUGGCUCACUGUGAGAACCAACUGGCUACCCAUAGAGAGAAGGCAUCUGAACUGGAGAAGAGCAUGAAUGAAGAACAUAAGCGCAGUGAGGAGGAGGCACGGGCCCAACAGGAGGCCAUGGUGAGGGAGAUAGAGAAGCUCCAGGCAGCCAUUGCUCAGGCCAGUGCACAGGCUGAACAUGCACAGGUUCAGUCUCAACAGAUUCUACAGGAGAUGGCAGACUCUGAGAAGACUAUAGCAGACAAGAAGAAAGAGGUUGAGAAACUUGUGAUGGAGAUGAAGGAUGCCAAUCUGGAGUCCCUGUCCAUCACACCAUCGGAGGAAGUGCGCACCCUGCUGGAGGGUAAGACAGGAGCCUCCAAACCCGGCAGUAGUCGCCGCAUGAUAGGAUCUCCAAGACAACUGGAAAAUGCUGUGCCCACAUCCAAAAACCCACAUGGGGUUUGGGUUUAGGACUGUAGUAUUGAAAGCCACCACCCACCCAACAAGCGUAUACAUAUCCCACACCUUGUAGCAUGUACUGUACAUGUGGCCUGUGUUGAAACCUCUUGUUACCAAGACGAAUGCAGAGUGAAGUGCGAAGGAUGGCAGGUCAGGCCACAGUGCUGCUGAUUUGUGAUGAGCCAUUGGGCAGGUAGGUGCUGUGGUGCUGGAGUCACCUGGAGGACACUCUCAUUACCUGAUGUGGUUCAUAUCAUCUGUUUCCUGUCUCCAUGAAAAGGAAUCUUGGUGUUUUGAAAUGCACUGAUAGGAACAUGGUGUCUGUGUUAAUUACAAUCAACAUGACUACUGGAUGCAUUGAUAGUGUACAUAAAAUGCAUAUUUGUAUAGGACUGGAAGUAGAGUCUAGGUGCUUAAUAAGGAAAUGCAUGAUGAAGGGGAAAGUACACACCCUUCCCUGAAGUACUGUUUGUUAUGAUGAAGAUUGUACCAUGUAUAACUGUGAAGGGAAUGAUUUGUAGGUUGGUGUGUUUCAGAAACUUGAUUUGUUUAGUGUAUUUGAAAAUUUGCUUUCUAUGUAUUAUUUCAGUGGAAAUUUAAUAGUUUUAUGAAAAAGAUGAUAGCACAAAGCUAUGCUGAUGAUGUGUAAUGAUCAUUGUAGUUAUUUGAAUAUUUUUAUUUACUUUUUAUUCACCAGCCUCUUUUUUUUUUUUUUUUUUUUUUUUUUUUUUUUUUUUUUUUUUUUUUUUUCAGGAUUGUGUAUGAAUUAAGUCAAGUGUUGUAAAUAAGUAUGAGAUGCAGAUGUCACUGUAUAUAAAGGCACUGCAACACACAAUAGUGCUCCCUAAAGUGACUUUUAUUGGGCUCUAGUCAUCCACCACCACUGUGUUGUUGUGGUGCUGUGGGCACCUUGGCACCUCCCUGCACACACCUCUGGCAAACAUUUUAUGCAAGUGGAGAUACAUUGUAUUUUAAAAAAUUAUGUUCAAAUUUGUCCCAAGUAUAAGGGAACCCUUGAUAUUCUUGACAUUCAUGGUGUUGGCUAGCCUUGCUGUCUUCCACUGCAAGGAGGAAGAUUAUCAUAACAUUUGAUAGAGACUAUAAACCAUUGGUAUAGUAAUGGUCAGAAGUUGAGUGACCAGCCACUGAUUUCCUCUCUCUCUCUCUCUCUCUCUC